AUGGCUCAUCGUGAUUUUCAUAUAGGAAAUAUAUUAUUAUCAUUUGCGACUGAUAAUAUUAUCUCAGGUACUGGAAAUAGUGAUUUUUAUUUAUAUAUUUCAGAUAUGGGAUUAUGUGGAGAUGUUAGUAAUAUAGAUGAAACAAAUACUUAUGGAGUUAUGCCUUAUGUAGCUCCUGAAGUAUUAAAAGGAAAACCUUAUACUCAAGCAGCAGAUAUAUAUAGUUUUGGUAUGAUUAUGUAUUUUGUAGCAACAGGAAGGCAACCUUUUUCUAAUUGUGCACAUGAUCAUUACUUAGUAUUAGAUAUUUGUAGAGAAGGAAUUAGACCUGAAAUAAGUGAAUCAGAAGCACCAAAAUGUUAUAUUGAUUUAAUGAAAAGGUGUUGGGAUUCAAAUCUAGAUAAUAGACCAAAUGCUGCUGAA